AUGUUGCGCUGCGGCCUCCAAGGGCUGGAUCUGGUUCACGAGCACGCAGUGGAGUAUUUGAAGAAAGGGGGGGAGCUGGCGGCGGCCCAGGUGGAGGCGGCAGAGGGCGCUGCUGAUCAUGACGGUGAAGCCCAAUCGUCGGCUCCAGCCGCGAAGGCUCGCAAGAAGAGCAAAGUUAAGUUCAUCGAUGACGUUGUUGACCUCACUCUUCCCGUGGCCAAGCAGUUCGGCAUAAUGGUGCACAGCGCUCUGCAGCAUUUCUGGCAGUCAAUCGCCACUGGGGGCACUAUCAAAGAUGGCAUGCUCAUCGGCGUCGCGGAGCAGACUGAGGAGGCGUGGGAAGCGUGGGUGAAAUUGUUCUCUGAACGUACUAAGACGAUAGACACCUGCCAGAUCGAGACGGCGUUGUGUAGCAUCAAGGUUGUUGCCCAAUGCGUCCGCGAGAACGAGAAGGACAAGCCGCCGACUUCGGAUGUUCGUGCCGCGCGGAAGUUUAUCCAUGCGAAUUCUGUUGGGAAGGGUUCGGGCGAGAUCGGGCAGGUGGCUCAGGACCUUUGCAAGCUGAUGGUCGGCUACAAGCCCUCCAUCUACAUCAUGGAGGUCGCUCGGAGGCAUGCGCCCCGAGGGGUUGAGGACGACGCUGCGAGCAAGAUUUUCGAGAGCGGUUGCGCCAACUUCGAGACCAAUUUUGAAACAGCGUACGCCGACAUGGAGUUAUUCAUUAACGAGCCCGACAAGAGCGACGAUGUCCACGCAACCAUGACGUACUCGAUCCUCCUGAAGAGGCUCUUGCCAAUCAACGACCUCCUUGUGGCUAUCAUGAAUUCGGCCUCGCGGUGGUCAGUCGCAGCCAUGAACGACAACCUCGACUCCAUCACGUCAGCUAUCGCCGACGCAUUGGAAUUGGUGUCAUGCGGAGUGUAUGGGGUCAUGUCAACUUUCCACAAGCUCGUCUGCCGCCCAUUGUCCCGCGCUCUUGCCGACCGAGCAGCUAUGGAUUCAGCAGGGGGCGUAGAUUGCGACGGCGGCGCUGGGCGGGAUGGCUCAGCAGGCCUUUCACUCGGAGACCAGCCACAGCCAGCGAGGGGCAGCGAGAAUGCCGAUUCCGAGCAAGGCCUUGAGCUUGACGCAGUGCGCCCCGACCGCACUGACCCUGUGAUGUUAGUAUUGGGGGGCCUGCGCACGGUCAAGCAGAGCGGAACUGAUUACCACGCUGGCUUGCAGCAGCUGUUGCAGGGGAUCUCGAAGUGCAUCGACGCGCUGACGCAGCGGAGGGGCGACCCAGAGCUCGCAGAGAUGAUCGCCUCGCUGGGUUCCGUGACGGAGGUGGCGGCCGCCCUCAACGGGAACUGGAAGAUGGUCCAGGACAUGGUUGACUACAUGCAGGCGUGUGUCGAGAUCUCAGCUGUCUUGACAAAAUCGGAUGGAGCAGAGCUGUUUGGCCCAACCAAGUUUGAUGCAUCGCUCAGGGACUACGCCAUCACCAUGGCUCGACUCCAGCACGAGCUCGCGGGCAUCACCGAGAUCGUCUUCAUGGGCACCAGCUCCGUCGACGACGCAGCCGUUCUCAAUGAUAUCAGCGUUACAUUCUUCGGCUUUAAGGCGCAGGUCACCGACGCAGUCUACGAUCAGAUCGCAUCUAUCUGGAUAUCUCCUACGGUCAUGUCCAUGUUGGGGUUCAGCGAGCUCGAGGUCGCCGUGGUCCAGGAUGACGUGCUGGAGUCCACCGACCGCGCCCACGUGCUAGGGCGCCCCAUUCGCAAGCCUGGCGUCAACGACGCGCUUCCAGGCGACAUCGAGGCGAUGCUGAAGCUGGAGGAGGCCGACAGCGACCAAUUCGACGAGCUGGUUCACCACAGAACGCUGAAUGCGCUCAAGGAGUUCGCCGCUGCUACUAACAUGAGCGUGAUCCAGGCCGCCGGCGUGGUGAUGCGAGAUGGCGAGCAGGUGGAGCUUGCUAAGGCGCAGUACCACCCAGUCUCGAACAUCCAUGUGCAUGCCUUGUCGCUGAUGCACGACCGCCUGAAGCUGAUCGAUACCUUCGUCGCGAGCGAGGCUGCGAGGAAGAUGGAGCUCGACGGUUUCAGCAUGCGGAUCCCUGUGCACUGUCUGGGGAAGUGGGCCACGCAGGUAGCAACGUUCACGAGGAGAUGCCGAGAUGACAUCAUGGAGUUGCGCGUGGCUGGUCUCGCCAAGAGCGUUCUGGAAUGCAGGGCCGAUCUCCCGCUUUGGCAGCCCAUAUUCACAGAUAACUCGUUCAACUUGGCGAUGGCGGUCGACCUGUUGGACGGAAAGCUGGCGAACGUCGUGAGAAGCUACAACGCGUUGUUCGGUGUGCUUUCCAAAGUUGACACUGCCUCCAAGCGCGUUGAGCUGUCGCCCCCCCUUCAGCACAACCCGUUGACGAUGUCUGGCGUCGCCGUGGCGUCCCAGACCCUCGCGAACCUCUACGAGGCCUCAGUUCUCAUCCAGGGCGUGAACUUGUUGAGGUUCCAGUCGCAGGGCCCAGCGUCAUCGAAGGCGGCCCGUGAGUUCAAAGCCAAGCACAAGGCCGACAGAAAUAUCAAUCUCCCGAAUGCCUUCUGGGCAGAGCUGGCCUGCGUCGAGGACGGCGCCUCGGCGCCGAUGGAGCCCCUUCGUUCCCCGACCGCCUUGAAGCUCGAGGCGCAGAGCUUGACCAAGAUCCGCGGCACCGCCUCUGCGAGCGGCGCGUCGGCUGCUUCCUCGUCGGCGUCGGCUACGACUGCAGCGCCGCGCCAGGGAGCGGCUGGCAUCUCGCCAUCCGUUUCGGCAAGGUCCCCGUCGGUGUCGGAGUCAGCGGCGGCCGACGCAGGCCCGCCCGCCAAGAAGGCGAAGUUGGCGCGCCUGUCUAUCGGCAGGCGUUCGUCGUAG